AUGACCAUGACACCUGCUGGAUACUGCUCAGGUCUAGAGGAGGGUCUGGAGGUGCAGGGAGAGCUUCUUCUGCAGGACUCCUUCUUGGUCUGGGAACCAAAGUCUUUGAUCCGUAAAGGUCGAGACCGUCACCUGUUUCUCUUUGAGCUGUCGCUGAUCUUCAGCAAAGAGACGAAAGACACGUCCGGACGAACCAAGUACCUCUACAAGAGCCGGCUGCGGACCUCUGAGUUGGGAGUGACAGAACACAUAGAAGGAGACCCAUGUAAAUUUGCGCUGUGGGUGGGAAGAACUCCAACUUCAGACAACAAGACAGUCCUCAAGGCUGCGUCUUUGGAGCUGAAGCAGGAGUGGGUGCGCAGUAUCCGGCAGGUGAUCCAGGAGCGCAGAGGUCACCUGAGAGGAGCCCUGAGGGAGCCCAUUCCUCUGCCCAAGACUCCCAACCCCACACUGGGACGGCAAAGGAGCAUCAACCGCAGAGAGACCUCGGAGGACGCAGACUCUCUCGGAGAUGCAAGCUCUCAGCCUGACACAGUCUCCAUUGCCUCCAGGACGUCCCAGAAUACAGCGGACAGUGACAAGUUGUCUGGAGGCUCAGAGCAGGUUGCAGUGCUCCUGGACUUCACAACCGCUGUAUCCGGAGAGCUUAGUGUGAAGUGUGGUCAGACGGUGGAGCUGUUGGAGCGGUCUGCAGAGAGACCUGGCUGGGUCCUGAUCCGGACCUCAGACCAGCAGAGUCCUCAGGAGGGUCUGGUGCCCAUGAGCGCCCUCUGCCUGUCACACUCACACAGUGCUCCAGACAUGGAGAGCCUGGUCCCACCCACUUCAUCCUGCUCCACGUCUCCUCACAGCACAGCGCCACCUGGUGUCCACACAGGGAACAACACACAGUCCUGCAACAGCAACGGAGCCAUGGCAACACACAGCAAUUCAACCAGCAACUCGAGAGAGAGGCCGUUUAUCUCACGCUCCUCCUCCUUCACAGACUCUGUCUUCAGCUCGGACGGAUCCGGGUUAUCGCCACACAGUCCUCACACUCCCACCUCUCCCACGGUGUACGGCGUGAGUGGUCCACCAGGGGGCGCAGUGGGAUCUCCAGGACCUAAACGCAGCGGCUCAGGCACCGGGAACACGCUCAAGCGUUGGCUCACUAGUCCUGUACGCCGCCUGAGUCAGGGCAAAGCUGAUGGACAGAAGAAACCUCCAAUCAGAAUGAGGAGGCGGGACAAUCGAGCUGAAGCCCCGCCCCUCAACGCCAACGCUCAGCCGAAACCUCGCAAAGACGACUCAGUGCAGAGCGGAGGAGAGGAGGAGCCUGAAGAGGACGGAUCCACCCUGCUGCCCCCGCCCAUGAGAAUCAUCAAGGACCCCAAUACAGAGGCCCCGGACUCGGACCAGGGUUCUAAUGAGUCGGACUCAGAGCAGAGGAACAAAGCGCUGAGAGGACGCAUGUUUGUGGUCAACGAAAUGGUCCAAUCAGAGAAGGACUACGUCAAAGAUCUUGCUGUCAUUGUAGAGGGCUUCAUGUCGCGGCUGGAGGUGCGGGGAAUUCCUGAGGACAUGAGGGGAAAGGACAAGAUUGUCUUUGGGAACAUCCAGCAGAUCUAUGACCUCCACCGAGAUUUGUUUCUGGUGGAGCUGGAGAGAUGUGCCCAGAACCACGACCUACUGCCCGAGCUCUUCAUCCGACAUGAGCGGCGGUUGCAAAUGUACAUUGUUUACUGCCAGAAUAAACCCAGGUCUGAGUUCCUUGUCAACGAAUAUGAGAAAUUCUUUGAGGAGAUCCAGCGUGAGAUCAGCUGUCGAAUGUCUAUCAGCGACUAUUUGAUAAAACCAGUGCAGAGAAUCACCAAAUACCAGCUUCUGCUCAAGGACUUCCUCAAGUACACGUCAAAAGCCGGACAGGACUCUGAGGAGGCUGAGAAAGCCGUGGAGGUGAUGUCUCUGGUUCCCAAACGAUGUAACGACAUGAUGAACCUUGGCCGACUACAAGGAUACGAGGGGAAGCUGAGUGCCCAGGUCCUCCUCCUGCAGGAGACCUUCUGUGUGUGGGAGCAGGAUGGAGGAGUGCUGUCUCGCAGUAAAGAACGCAGAGUUUUCCUCUUUGAACAAAUGGUGAUCUUCAGUGAGCUGCUGAGGAAGGGCUCUACUAACCCCGGGUACCAGUACAAGAACCUGAUCAAGGCCUUUUAUAACGUGACGGUGGAAAUCCCCACAGAGCUCACGCUGAAGAUCUCCCAAGAAAACAUGGCGGCCAUUUUGGAUCAGCAACACGAGGAAGAAGAGCGACUGACGGGCAUCAAGCCCCUGCACGUGUCAGUCCACACAUCUGAGAGUGAGGCCUUCACAAACGCAGACCUGAUCUUGCUGCUGGACCCAGACUUGGACAUGGACCAGGACGUGAACCAGGAUGUGGACCAGGACGUGGACCAGGACGUGGACCAGGACGUGGACCAGGACGUGGACCAGGACGUGGACCAGGACGUGGGGUUAUCAUCACACCAGGACCCGGACCCAGACCUGUCCCUAUUCGCUCUGUACGGGCGUUUGCUCCAGUGCUCUGGGUCAAACGCUCGGGUCCUGCUGUUCUCAAGCCACGCCCAGAAUCAGAAAGGCUCCGCCCUCCUCGCCCAGUGGCCCGCCUUUAACAGAAGGAGAUUUAUCACCACGGCAACACACCUGGUGAACCACGCCCGAGUCCAGAUUGCACAGAAGCUGGAGAUCAGCGUGCAAGAUGUUCGCCGUGUUCAUGUUUGGGGCGAUGUCUGUGGUUCGUUCUUCGUGGACAUUCAGAGAGCUGAGGUUUAUCAUGGAGACAGAAGUGUUGUUCCCCCUGCUGGUGUGGGAGUGCCUCUGCACCACUUCUCACAGAUCAGACUGUGGUGUAAAUCGGAGCUUCAGUUGCCAGUCUCUCAUCACAUGGGGGCGCUGUGCUGUGCCCAUGCAAUGCUGAGUGUUCUGAAGGCCUGGGACAGUCCCGAGACCGAGCUGUCUGCAGGGGUCUACUGCUCUGGUCUCCAGGACAUCCCAGAUGGUCUGAUCUCAGUUCCAGUCCUGUUCUCUCAUGGAUCCUGGUCUUUUCUGUCAGACGUUGAUGAGAUCCGAGAAAAGGUCUUGCAGAUUCAGGAGACCAUACCCAUAGGACUGAGGCUUGGACAAGGGUCUGACCCCUCCCAGAUCUGUGGCCCCAGCACAUUGAUUGAAAAACACUAA